AUGAGCACAGACACAGCCAGAGGCAUCGAUGCACAAAAGGCCACGGCCAACUUCGCCAGAGCGGCCAAGAAGGAUCCUGCAGUCUACCCGCUCGCGCUGAUCAUCGGCGGUAUCUUCUGCGUCGGUGGAUACUUCGUCACGACCAAGUGGGCAGGCGAGAAGAAGCCCCCCCGCGCAGAUAUGGAACUCAUUAACCCGGCCAGUCGAUCGUACCGACGAAACUACAAGCAAGAGACGAUCGAGCAAGCCCGUGCUCGUGUCCGCCUAAGCGAAGCCCCCGGUCGGACUUCGGACUUGAUCCCUCUCUGCACGCACUGCAUAUAUUCGCUUUCGAUACAGAAGCCUAGUCUGGUCGCUACGCUAGGUCUUAUGCCCGACAGGACAGGGCUGUUCCUGUACAGAUCUGCAUUGCAUUCACCUUUAACGUCACUUUGGGCUGCUUUGCCUGCCUCCUUUACCUCGCCAUGCCAUGCUCGCAUGCGAAUGAGUUUUGUCUUCGAUAUGAGCGUCUUUGCAACUCCCAAGCCGGCCACGCAGACGACGCUGAGCUUAGAGCAAAUUGGUAAAGCCAACAGAGAUGCGCAGCUCGACGGCGUGCUAUGGGGCACAGGCGCCGGUUUCCUCACAGCUUUCAUUGGCCUGCGAAUGCUGAAGCUCUCGAGGAACUCAUCGACCUUAGCAGGGCUGCUCUCGGGCGUCAUGGGCGGCUGGUACAUCUCCCGAACGACGCUAGUCAGCAAUAUAGCUGUUGCAGAGGCCAAAGAAGCAAGGUCUCGCAAUCUCAGGACAGAUGGCAGCAAUCCUUACGAGGGAGGCUUUGGAGGGCAAGAGACUCUGCGAGAUAAGUAUGCAUCUACCUCGGGAGAACACUAG